GUAAGUAUUCGACUCGUCACGAAACGAAAAGGUCCGUUACAGACGUCGUAUCUUUAUCGCCUCUCGCUUUACUUUAUUUUUAUCUCUUCUCCCAUCCUCCUCCUCCCUCUCUCUCUCCCUUUUUCUCUUCUUCUUCUUCUUCUUCACCAUGUCUGCCACCUCCCAACAUCCUCCCCCCGGUAAACCAGAUGCCACCACCACCCAGGUCCGACAGUCCCCCACCCAUCCCUCCCGCACCGCCGAACUCGCCAGUCUUAAAGUAAGACUGCGCAAUGCGCUGCGCCAGUUCCCCGACUUCCCCUCCCCGGGCAUCCUGUUCGAGGAUAUCAUGCCCAUCUUCGCGGACCCCACCCUGCACGAGGCUCUGACCCGAUGCCUGGAGCUGCACAUCAUCGAGACCUACGGCGAGGACCAGAAACCCGAUGUGAUUGUCGGUCUUGAGGCAAGAGGCUUCCUCUUCGGCCCCAGCCUGGCCCUGAGAAUCGGUGCCGGCUUCGUCCCGGUGCGCAAGCAGGGCAAGCUGCCCGGUCCAUGUGAGACGGAGACCUAUCAGAAGGAGUAUGGCCAGGACCACUUCCAGAUGCAGUCGGGUGCUGUGAAGCCGGGCCAGAGAGUGCUGGUGGUGGACGAUAUCAUUGCGACGGGUGGAUCCGCAUAUGCCGCCGGAAAUCUCGUCAAGAAGAUGGGCGCUACCCUCCUAGGCUUUGUGUUCAUCAUGGAGCUGGACUUCCUCAAGGGAAGGGAGAAGCUCCCGGCACCGGUCUACACCCUUCUCACCGGGCAGGAGAGCAAGGUGUGAUUCUUUCGUUUCGACUCCCAAUUAAUUCGAAAGAACCGGUCUCCUUUGUCUGUGUCCACUCUUCGAACUAGUGGUCCGCAAAAUCCCGCCCACCAUAGAAUCUU